AUGGAAACUGACUCUGGAGAUGGUUACGUCAGUAGACACGAAAAGCGGGCUGCGUUCAUGAACCUGUGUCGCUCGAAUUGCACCGUCGUUAUAGACUGCGAAUUCGACUCCUAUGAAAGCGAGAAAGAGGCAACGAGCCUUGCUAAUCAAUUGAUGCAGAGCUAUGCAUUUAACCGGCGUGCUGAUAAGCCUGUCAAUCUGGUCAUAUGCGGGAUACAAGAGGGAAGCUACCUAGCCGAAGCUUUCAAGAAGAUAUCGGGUACAGAAAACUGGAUGUGUACCCUGGAGUAUAAGAGCCUCGAAGAGAUUUACGAUCCGCAGAAUGUUACCUAUCUCUCAGCAGAUGCUGAAGAAGUGCUAGAUGACAUAUCGCAAGAAGGGAUUUAUGUUAUUGGCGGCAUAGUUGAUCGCAACAGAUUAAAAGGUAUCGCCUUAAGCAGAGCUAGGUAUAUCGGAGCUACAUGCAAACGAUUACCCAUCAAGGAACAUGUACAACUCACGCAAAGUCACGUUCUUUCUAUCACAGCAUGUGUAAGUAUCAUCCUUAAUUAUACGGCGAACAAAAACUGGACUAAGGCUCUGGUUGAGUCGAUCCCCAAAAGAAAAUUCUAG